GUUUUUCACAUUCACCGCUUCUUUUCUCCUGCUCCUCCUCCUUUUUGCUUACUUCCAUUCUGUGUGCUCAUCUCUGGAGUUACUCAGUGCUGAACCUUUAAAAAAAAGAAAGAAAGAAAAAAAAACCCAUCUCACCAAAGACAAGGAUUCCAGGGGGUGCUUUCAAAUGAAUUCCUCCCCUCACCCUCCCUUUCUUGUGUCUCACAACAUUGUGUCCUCACAACUCAGGGGAGCUGAGAGCAGAAAGGCACAGAAGAGAAGUGGAGGAGAAUGCUCUGGCUCUCUGUGUGUAUAGAUGUAUGUUUUUCUCCAGAGCUAGCUUCAUCUCUGAAGAUGGCAUUAGGAGCUUGGAAAAACGCACACACACAACUUUCUAGCUUUAUGGCAAAGCUUGCAUGAAAAAUCCAGGCAGGAAAAAAAAUUCAUAAAACUUUACCCAACCAAGGGCUUGCAGAGAGGGAGCUGGGAGCAAAGUCGUAAAAGUUUGGGAUCAGCUUAAUUUUUUGGAGUGUGUGUAUGUGUGUAUGUGUGUGAUUCUCCAGAAGAAAACAGAAAGAAGAGGGGUAAACAUUUCCUUUCCUUUGCAGUCAUGGCAUUGGGGACUUCAUUGCUUGGAUUUUAUAUAGGGCUACUGUUUUCCUUGCUGGAAUUGUGGAUUAUAUCCGCUGUGAGUUUGGAGCCAAUAUACUGGAAUACAGCAAACAAAAAGUUCCAGGCGGCAGGCGGCUACAUCUUGUACCCACAGAUUGGUGACCGGCUGGAUUUGAUCUGCCCGCGCUCCCGCCCACCUGGCCCCUUCUCCACAGAUGAGUAUGAGUUCUACAAGCUGUACCUGGUGCCAGUGGAGCAGGCGCGGGCCUGCGAGAUCCUCCGCAUUCCCAACCUGCUGCUGACGUGUGACCGUCCUGAGCAUGAUGUGCGUUUCACCAUUAAGUUCCAGGAGUACAGCCCCAAUCUUUGGGGACACGAAUUCAAGAGCAAUCAAGAAUAUUACAUCAUCACCACCUCAGAUGGUACCAAGGAGGGGCUGGAGAACCUGAAAGGUGGCGCCUGCCUGUCUAAGGGAAUGAAAGUCAUCUUGAAAGUCGGACAACAUCCUGGUACAGGUUCCAAGUCCCAGAAAUCGGUACCAGAAAUGCCGCCUGAGCAGGCGCGUGGGACCCUGGGAGGAGCAGACCCCAGCAAGGAGAGUGGUACAGGUGCUGGGAACUCAACAAGCCAGGCUGGGGGUGAAAAUGGGCCCCUGCCCCAGUCCAACGUGCCAGUGGUGGCUGGGGCGGCGGGAGGUGCCACCUUUGUGGCACUAGCAGCAGCAGGUGUGGCAGGGGCUGUGUGCUGGCGCCGCCGGCGGGCCAAACAGAGUGACACUCACCACCCGUCCCUCUCGUUGAGUGGCUUGAGCAGCCCGAAGCGGGGGGCUGGCAGCGGGGGUGGGAACAACAAUGGCUCAGAGCCCAGUGACAUCAUCAUCCCACUACGGACUGCGGACGGUGCCUUCUGCCCCCACUACGAGAAGGUGAGCGGAGACUAUGGCCACCCCGUCUAUAUCGUCCAGGAGAUGCCCCCCCAGAGUCCUGCCAAUAUCUACUACAAAGUAUGAGGGGGGGCCUGGGCCCUCCUGGCCCUGGUGAUGGACAUACGCCUCCCCCAAGGUGGACCAGCUGCUCCCUAAUGCUGGUGGGGUUAACCCACAGCAAAGGUGGCUCCCCCUCCUGCACUGGAUGGAGACAACACCCCCUGCCCCCCACAUGGACAGCUCCUGGCACAGAUGGAGUUAACAGACUGCGAAGAUGGACUUCCUUGUACUGAGCGCCCGGGCACCAACAGGGUUAAUGGGGAUUGGGGUUCCCCACAUCUCCCAUUCUUCUUUCUGGGGGUGGCUCAGAGGGGGCCCCUUCCCUAGUCACUCCAGCUCAGCUUCCCCAUCCCUACAAUCCCUUGCACCCAGGGCCCUGCUGCAUCGGGGAUGGGGAGCUGCCUCCCCACCCCUGCUGCAUCGGGGAUGGGGAGCUGUGGGGGAAGGGCAGGAGUGGCUAUUUCAUGUCACAGGGUAGGGUAGGAGGGAGAUCAGCCCUUUUCAGGAGAUUCCUCCCCGGGGGGUCAGUUUCAUUCCUCCCCUCUUUCUGCCCAAUCCCUCUUCAUGUGGAAAAGUGGAGGGAGGGAAAAGUUUGAUUAUUUUGAUCCUUCAAGGCUCCACUGGGGCCUUUUCUAUGCCACUGUUUGAAAAUGUGAUUCAGUAAAAUGGCUGCAGGUCGCACACCCCACCCUUUUGAUCAGAGAGACAUUUUUACCUGAGGGGGCCAGGCAUGGAGGUACAAGGGUGGACUCGUCUUUUUCACACACCUGCAUUCUGCAAGAAGCGAACCUUAAUCCACAGGAAUUGAAUCACAGAAUCCCAGGGCUGGAAGAGACCUCAGGAGGACAUUGACUCCAACCCCUGCCCAAAGCAGGACCAACCUCAACUAAAAGUGACAUAUUGCCUGACAGGAAAUGAGGCACACAAAGCUUCUGGCUAAGGAGAGACUUGCUGUUUUUGGAUGUGACUUCCUGUAUUGUGUGGGACUGACUGUUUCUGGCUGGAAAUGGCUCCAAGGCAAAAGAAAUGGGGGAGGUGGAAUCUUUGAGGGCUUUAACCAAGUUUUUUGACCUGGGAAUUUCUUAGCUUUGUUGGUGGAAUUUACUGUUCAAUCACGUGCAUUAUAGAAGUUCUUGUGCA